UUGCACAAAGCACAGUGCAGUUGUGGCAGGGGCCGGCAGGACGCGCUGGGACAUAUCCUCUUCACCGACCCACAUAAAUACAAGGACGCCAUAUACUCGUACAAGAGGUGGACACAGCGGGAAAAGAAGAAAAAAGAACUUCAACAUUAGCGGAACAAAGAACGAGAAGAAGUAAGGAGCUGCCGUUGCAAAGGCGAAAGCUCCGCACCUACAUCUACAUCUGCAGUGCAACAGUGUGAAUCAAUCAGGCUUUCAAGACACUCAACCUCUCCAGCAGGACCUUGCUACCACACCGUGUGGCACUCCUCCACUCACUGUCUGCAAUUCACCCUCACAGGCCAACACUGACUGACCUCCUGGGUGGCUGCACAAAUACCAAUCAGGCUUUCAAGACACUCACCUCACCAGGACCUUCCUACACAAAACAAAUCAACUCCACCGCAUAUAGCCUGACCACACCACCUCCUUGGGGCACUAGAGGCUGUGACACACAGCCUGCACGGCCCCAACAAACCCCCAAGAAGAAGUGUGAGGAGGUGACUGGUGGAGUUGGCAAUACAAAGGCCUGACUCAGCAGGAAUUGCUGAGUAUAGUGUAGCAUCAAGAGAGAGAGAGUGUUAGAGAGAGAAGCAGCAACAUUGUUCAGCGGAGGCCAAGCAAGCACCUUCUCCCUUCUGCCCAUGUCCACCAGAGAGAGAAAAAUACACCCAUUGGUCUGCUCUGAGGUCAAACAAGCAAUCCCACCCACUCACAUCCAGCUGCACCACUGACUUUGUGUUCCACGGUGCCAGGUCGGCGUACAGCGACGGGACUCCCUCCGUGCAUCCUCGGUGCAGCCCCAGGGUUCCUCCAGGACCAGCCACAGCCAGGAGCAGUGUUGCAAUGGAGGGUGUGAGGCCAGGCAGCAGCAGCAACAGCAUCAGGAGGAACAGCCAGGAGCAGUGGAUGACCCCAGGCAUGACCUACACUUGUGACCACUGCGGGAAAGUGUGCUCCACCAAGGCUGCCAUUGCCAGACACGUCCUCUCCCAUGCCGCCAAGACAAGGCUGAGAGGCAAGAGUGGCCCCACUGAACACACUGGCGGCAGGACCUACACUUGUGACCACUGCGGGAAAGUGUGCUCCACCAAGGCUGCCAUUGCUAGACACAUCCUCUCCCAUGCCGGCAAGAGUGGCCCCACUGAUCACACUGGUGGCAGGACCUACACUUGUGACCAAUGCAGGAAAGUGUGCUCCACCAAGGCUGCCAUUGCCAGACACAUCCUCUCCCAUGCUGGCAAGAGUGGCCCCACUGAUCACACUGGCGGCAGGACCUAUACUUGUGACUACUGUGGGAAGACAUUUGCCCAGAAGAGUGGUGUUUCCAGACACAUCCUGACCCACACUGGGGAGAGAAACUUCCAGUGCUUGAAGUGUGGAAAAAGAUUUACCUUGAAAAGUGAUCUUAACAAACAUAUCCUGACCCACACUGGGGAGAGAAAGUUCCAGUGCCUGGAGUGUGGGAAAAGAUUUAUCUUCAAAAGUUAUCUUAACAAACAUAUCCUGACCCACACUGGGGAGAGAAAGUUCCAGUGCCUGGAGUGUGGGAAAAGAUUUACCCUGAAAAGUAAUCUUGACAGACACAUCCUGACCCACACUGGGGAGAGAAAGUUCCAAUGCCUGGAGUGUGGGAAAAGAUUUACCCUGAAAGGUCGUCUUGACACACACAUCCUGACCCACACUGGGGAGAGAAAGUUCCAGUGCCGGGAGUGUUGGAAAAGAUUUACCCAGAAAGGUACCCUUGACAGACACAUCCUGACCCACACUGGGGAGAGAAAGUUUCAGUGCCUGGAGUGUGGGAAAAGAUUUAUCCUGAAAAGUAGUCUUGACAGACACAUCCUGACCCACACUGGGGAGAGAAAGUUCCAGUGCCUGGAGUGUGGUAAAAGGUUUACCAGGAAAUUUGGUCUUGACACACACAUCCUGACCCACACUGGGGAGAGAAAGUUCCAGUGCCUGGAGUGUGGGAAAAGAUUUAUCCUGAAAAGUAGUCUUGACAAACACAUCCUGACCCACACUGGGGAGAGAAAGUUCCAGUGCCUGGAGUGUGGGAAAAGAUUUACCCUGAAAGGUACCCUUGACAGACACAUCCUGACCCACACUGGGGAGAGAAAGUUCCAGUGCCUGGAGUGUGGGAAAAGAUUUACCGUGAAAGGUACCCUUGACAGACACAUCCUGACCCACACUGGGGAGAGAAAGUUCCAGUGCCUGGAGUGUGGGAAAAGAUUUACAAAGAAAGGUACCCUUGACAGACACAUCCUGACCCACACUGGGGAGAGAAAGUUCCAGUGCCUGGAGUGUGGGAAAAGGUUUGCCAGGAAAGGUCAUCUAGAUACACACAUGCUGACCCACACUGGGAGGAGACAUUCUGGAGGAAAGAGAACAAAAUGAACAAGUGCCGGCUACAAACAUAACAAGAAAGACUGGAGAAAACUUCACCAAAAGAGAACAGCUUCUCGGGGUGGAGAGAUGGAGGAAACUGGAAGAGCUGGGAGAUUCAGAGAAGAACUAGAAAAGAGCUACAUAGAUAAAGAUGAAUCCCUAUCCAGUGGAGGUACAAUUAGCACCAAUCAAGGGAACUGUCACCAUCCUGAAGAGAGCCCUCGGAUACAGUGCUCACAGUGCUCAAGGUGCAAUUAUACACCCCAGGUUUGAGGUCCAUUGCAUCUUGCAAAGGACCAACAAAAGAAAAUCAGAAAAAAGUGGGAGAGAAAGUUCCAGUGGGUGGAGUGUGGGCAGAGAUUUCCCCGAUGAGGUAAUCUUGACACACACAUCCUGAGCCACACUGGGGCUUGUAUAAACUAGGCUCACCCUGAGUGUAGGAAGAGAGAAGGAAACAGACACAGGAGGAUCUGCUCUGAGCCACCUUGGAAAGACAAAGUGCAGCAGAGGAUCAGCCAUCAAAGAGAAGAAAUGUGGCAAGUAACAUCCUUGGUGCCAGACCAAAGCCACACAAGGAACAAGGAACCUCCUCAAGAAAACACACACAGUGACAGGAAGGCGCAGCGCAAG